UUGGUCGGGGCCAGCUCUUCCUCCUCCUCGGGGCCAGAAGAGCCUUGGCGUCGGUCCUGCGAGCGGCGAGGGCUCGGUGGGCUCCUUUGGGGGGCCAUGCGGGCUCCGAGGGGCGAGGGCCAGGCUUUGAGGUGGGUCCUGGGCGCCGUGGGGCUCCUCGCCGCCCUCAGCGCCGCCGGCACCCUCUUCUUGCUCUGCCAGUGGAGAGAGAUGCAAGGGGCGCUGCGGGCGCUGCAGGAGGAGAAGCAGGAGAUGCAGCUCCUCAGGUCUCCUCCGAGGAGCGAGGAAGAGCAAGGAGGCCUCCAGCGCCCCUCCGCCGGACCCUGGGGAGAGCACCAGGAUGAGGACCCCUCCCUCGGCAGGAACAAGAGGAGCCACCGCCGAGGGGGUCUUUCCAAGGGCCACAUCCGCGCCGAGAGCGACGAGAUGCUCAUGAUGAUGACCUACUCCAUGGUGCCGGUCCGUGUAAUGGUGGAGCUCUGCAACAGCACCAAAGGAGUGUGUUUAACAGGGCCACCAGGAUUGCCAGGUCCUCCUGGGCUUGAUGGCUUACCUGGAUAUAAUGGGUCAGAUGGCAUUCCUGGAAUCCCAGGGCAAAAGGGAGAUCCUGGAAAAAGAGGGAAAAUGGGGCCUAAAGGGGAUCCCGGAGAGAAUGGUGAAAAGGGGGAUCCUGGUGAAAUUGGCCUCCCUGGGAAAGAAGGGACGCGAGGAGAGAAAGGGUCCCGAGGGCCAAAGGGUGACAAAGGAGAGGCCAAUAAUGAAGUGAUUGCGGAAGGGCCCAAGGGGGAACCAGGACCCCCUGGCCCACCGGGACCCCCAGGACCUCCAGGACCCCCAGGAAAGCGCAAAGCAAAACCCCAAGUGGAAGAGAAGAUGUACAGUGCUGAGUGCAAAGGGGAGACAUGUGCUAUCCCAAACGAUGACACUCUGAUGGGGAAACCCAAAGAAAAGGCACACCUUUACCAGCACAGAAAGCCAGAGUGCAUCAUCAAAUCCAUUGGGAGCCCAAAUGAGAUUAUACAGUUGAAGCAAAGCUAUGGAGCGUGGAUGAUGGAUCUUGCCAACAGAAGUGAUGAAACAAUUUGGAUUGCUGAGCAUUUUACAGGCCAUAUCAUAAAAGAAUACCAAGACCUGGAUGCAUUGAGGAACAACAGCUACAACAUCACUGAGCUCCCAUGGUCGUACUAUGGAUGCGGCCAUGCUGUCUAUGACAAUGCUCUGUACUAUCAACGAGUGGGACGUAACAUCAUUGUGAAAUACGACUUGGCAACAGGUUUGGCCAAAACUCUCUCCAUUGAGAAUGCCUGGUACUAUGAGCGCAUGUACCUUUUCAACACGUCCAAGUCCUACUUCAGCAUCGCUGCCGAUGAAAACGGGCUCUGGGUGAUGUAUCUAUCAAGGCCCGAUGAGCAUAUUGUGGUUGCGCACGUCGACCCAGAAGCAUUUUCAGUGCUGCGGCACAUCAAUACAACUUACCCACAGUCCAAAGCGGGGAGCGCCUUUGUCGCCUGCGGAGUGUUGUACAUCACCGACAAGAACCAGAUCCACGUGGCAUUUGCUUUUGACCUCUUGCGAGAGAAGCAGCUGGACACAAGCUUUGAGCUGAAACUGUCCCUCUCCGAUGCGGGUUUUCCACUCAAAGUAUCCGCUCUCAAGAAGAACGACACGACGUUUGUGCCUGUACUAGCCAUGCUCUCCUACAAUCAGGUCGAUAAGCAACUCUACACCUGGGAGCAUGGCUUCCUAAUGCAGUACCCCAUCCAUUUUAUCCGCUGAACUCAUUUCGAGAUGAAAUUUUAUAUAUUAAGAUGAUUAUUUUUGGCCUUCAUAAAAACAGCAGGGUUUUUGUAUUGUCGAAAGCUUUCAUGGCUGGAAUCACUAGGUUCUUGUGGGUUUUUUUCGGGCUAUAGGGCCAUGUUCUAGAGGCAUUUCUCCUG